GCGUGAAGAAGAGCGGGAGAGGGGGGAGAGGAGGACGCGGCGAGCCGGAUGAGAGCAGCCGGAGGCGGCCAGAGGAUGUCGGAGAGGAUCGCUUCGUGCGGGAGUCUGUGUGACAGCAGCAACCUGCUGCUACAGUACUGCAACAACGAUGACACGGUGUCGGCCAGCAGCAACAUGGACAUGGAGGACCGCGUCUCCCACCUGGAGCAGCGGCUGCAGCUGCAGGAGGACGAGAUCCAGCUGCUGAAGGCGGCGCUGGCCGACGCGCUGCGGCGACUGGGCUACUGCGAGGAGGCCGCCCAGGGCCAGCAGGCGGGCGGGGGCCACCCCGGGAGGAGGACCCUGGCUACCUCAGCCUCAGCUGCACCCACCAAGGUGCGUCAGCUCCUGCAGGCUCUUCCCUCCAGGCCUCUGAGUAACGGCUACGUUCAGCAGAAGCGCCUCCUUUCCUCCCCGUCUUCUCCAAAGAAGGAGGUGCUGCAGUCCAUUAAGAGGAAGAGCAUGUCCACAGAGCGCCUCACCCUGGUGAGGAGAGAGAUGGCAGCAGAGAGUCGCAGUCGAACCACCUCAUCCAGCAGCUCCUCCGGGGGGAAAAGCAAAUCCAAAGAAUGCACCUUCAAUGCAGAGGACGGCUACGUGAGGAUGUUCCUCCGCGGCCGGCCCGUCACCAUGCACGUGCCGUCCCAGCAGAGGGACGGCUACAGCCUGGACCUCAAGGCGGCGCUGCCCGACCACAAGCUCAAGCUGCAGUGGGUGUACGGCUACCGCGGCCGGGACUGCCGCUCCAACCUGUACCUGCUGCCCACCGGGGAGAUCGUGUACUUCAACGCCUCGGUGGUGGUGCUGUACAACACCGAGGAGCAGCACCAGCGGCACUACCUGGGCCACAACGACGACGUCAAGUGUUUGAGUGUGCAUCCUGACAUGGUCACCAUAGCAACGGGACAAGUGGCUGGAAACUCUAAAGACGGGAAGCUGCUGGCGCCUCACGUGCGCGUCUGGGACUCGGUGAGCCUCAACACGCUGCACGUCAUUGGAAUGGGGGUGUUCGACCGGGCCGUCACCUGCGUGGCUUUCUCCAAGUCGAACGGAGGCUCCUUCCUCUGCGCCGUGGACGACGCCAACGACCACAUCUUGUCAGUCUGGAACUGGCAGAAGGAGAAGCAGCUGGCCGACGUCAAGUGCUCCAAUGAGUCGGUCCUGGCCGCCGUGUUUCACCCCACGGACGCCAACCUGAUCGUCACGUGUGGAAAAUCUCACAUCAACUUCUGGACCAUGGAGGGAAACACUCUGACCAAGAGGCAGGGCCUGUUCGAGAAACACGAGAAACCAAAGUACGUGUUGUGCGUGGCCUUCUCUGAGGAUGGAGACGCCAUCACCGGAGACUCCAGCGGGAACAUCUACGUCUGGGCCAAAGGUGGGAACCGCAUCUCUCAGGUGGUGUCGGGGGCCCACGAGGGGGGCAUCUUCUCCAUCUGCGUCCUGAAGAACGGCACCAUGGUGUCCGGAGGGGGGAAAGACCGCAAGGUGGUGCUGUGGGACAAGUACAGGAAGCAGUCCGAGAUGGAGGUGGGAGACUCGUUCGGGCCCGUCCGGGCUCUGACUGAAGGAAUAUCUGGAGAACUCUUCAUUGGAACCACGAAGAACGCCAUCCUGAGAGCCGCCUUCCCCGACACGCUCACUCCCAUCGUCCAGGGCCACACGGACGAGCUGUGGGGUCUGGACGUCCACCCCUCCCUGGAGCAGUUCGUCACCUGCGCUCAGGACAAGCAGGUCCACCUCUGGGACACCAGCUCCCAUCAGCCCCUCUGGAGCAAGACCAUCGAGGACCCGGGGAGGUCUGCAGGCUUCCAUCCCAGCGGCGCUGUCUUGGCUGUGGGGACCAUGACCGGGAGAUGGUUGGUGCUGGACACUGACACCCGGGAUCUUGUUUCUAUGCACACGGACGGGAACGAGAUCAUUUCCAAUGUGAAGUACUCUCCAGAUGGAAACUUCCUGGCCGUCGCUUCCCAUGACAACUUUGUUUACAUCUACGCCGUGACGGAGAGCGGCCGGAAGUACAGCCGCGUGGGGAAAUGCACCGGACACUCCAGCUUCGUCACACACCUGGACUGGUCCGUCUGCAGUCAGUACCUGGUCACCAACUCAGGAGACUAUGAGAUCCUCUUCUGGGAGGCGUCCAACGGCAAACACGUGACCAACAUGGACACGGUGCGCAACCUGGAGUGGGCCACGUCCACGUGCACCCUGGGCUUCAGCACCUUCGGAAUCUGGCCAGAUGGAGCAGACGGCACGGACAUCAACGCCGUGUGCAGGUCACAUGACGGAGCCCUGCUGGCGUCCGCCGACGACUUCGGCAAAGUGCACUUGUUUUCCUUCCCCUGCUCUCAGCCGAGGGCUCCGAGUCACGAGUACGGCGGCCACAGCAGUCACGUGACCAACGUUGCCUUCCUGCACGACAACAGCCGCCUGAUCUCCACCGGCGGGAAAGACACCAGCAUCCUGCAGUGGGUGGUGGCCUAGACGGUGCUCGGCGA